AUCCCAGCCUAGCAUCUCUAAGGAGACCAGCGGUCCUCAGUCCUAGGUGCUCACGUAUCUCUCAGGGAUGUGCUAUGGGCUGAGUCCUGGCCCAGAUCUACGGAAUCAGAAGCCCUGGGAUCAGCUGCUGCCAGAAGUCCUUGAGGUGGCUCGCUGGCCAGGAAGGGCUCCCCCAGUCAGGCAGGGGCAGGCUCAGGAGGAGGACAGUGGCCCAUUGUCCAGGAGACCCCGCUCCCUGGGCAGCCCAGCCUGCCCCUUGCUUUUGCCUUCUCAUUGUCUUCCUGUCCCCCUGAUCCAUGUCCACCAAGUCCCCACCGUCCCAAGCACACGUGGUGGCUGUUAGUUUCUUUUCUUCUUUGGGCAGGGAUGUCUUUUAAGCACACACAAGUCAACAGUCACUGCCUUCGCUCCUUUUCCACAGCGUGGCGGCCGCGCCAGGCCGCGGAGCACCUGGCUUUGUCAUCCCAUUUACGCCUUGUCCUGGACACUGUUCCAUGGCAAUCCAUUCUCUCUUACAGCUGCACUCCUCAGCACAGAUUUUUAAAACUCGCUCGGAGAGCCAAGCCACAGGUGACUGUUCCUCCUCUGAAGAGGUGAGGUCAGGUGUUGUUGCUGAGGAGGAAGACGCGAGGUGGAGGCUGGGCGUCUCUCGGAGCCCACACACCUGAGCCGGCUGCCUGAUCCGCUGACUCCGGGACCCGCAGGGACCAGCUGGCCUUGUCCUGCGCUGCGGGCUGGGAGAUCCGUCUCGGGCCCUGCGCUGCCCGCCCUGCCCGCUGGCCUUGGAUCUGCUCUGUGCACCCCAGGACAGGCGGAUCCUGGCAGACGCUAUCCUUACGGAUUCCUGCCGUCUUGUCUGUUCCCGCCUCUGCCACGCACGGCACCCACCGGAUUCCGGCACUAAGCCUAGACCCUGGACCCCACAGCUGCUCCGAGAGGCCCCAGACUGACUCUGAGCCCAACCCCACCCCAGCUGGAUGCGGGCCCCAGAGCGGGCCCCAGCCUCGCCACCCGCCCGGCCUCGCCCUCUGCCCUCCGCGCCCUCCCAUGUCUGGCUGCUGCGACAGACUCUAGAAUGUCUGUGCCCCAGAUCCGAGUGGAAGAAGUGGGUGAAGACGAGGGGCCAGCGGGAGCGGCCACCCCUCCUGAUGACCACCUCCGCAGCCUGAAGGCCCUGACCGAGAAGCUGAGGCUGGAGACCCGCAGGCCCUCCUACCUGGAGUGGCAGGCCCGGCUGGAGGAGCAGACGUGGCCCUUCCCCAGGCCGGCCACUGAGGAGGCGAGCUCAGAGCAGGCAGAGUGUGGGGCCGGGGAGCCCCUGCUGGCCCCGAGAGAGGCCAGCGAGCACCCGCCACCUCCCGGCAGCGCCGGUGAGGGCGACGGGCCACUGUCCACAGGCAAGCUGGAGGGCUUCCAGAGCAUCGACCAGGCCCUCACCUGGCUCAGGAAGGAACUGGCAGAGAUGAGGCUGCAGGACCAGCAGCUGGCCAGGCAGCUCAUGCGCCUGCGCGGCGACAUCAACAAGCUGAAGAUCGAGCAGACCUGCCGCCUGCACAGAAGGAUGCUGAACGACGCCACCUACGAGCUUGAGGAGCGGGACGAGCUGUCCGACCUCUUCUGCGACUCGCCGCUGGCCUCCUCCUUCAGCCUCUCCACACCGCUCAAGCUCAUCGGCGUCACCAAGAUGAACAUCAACUCCCGGAGAUUCUCCCUCUGCUGAGGAGCCUUCGGGCGCCAGACCAGAGCUGAGGGUGGGGAAGGGAGCUACACCACCUUGGAGUUACCUCCUGGCAGCUAAAGCAGGGUUCCGGACCUGGUGGGAGGUGCUCUCAGGGACCCAACUAGGGGUCCCAGUGUCUCCACCACCGGCUCCUGUUCGGUGCACAGGCAGGGUGAGAACUGGGUUCCCAGCAGGACCCAUCCCCUCCUCCCUCCGUGGCCCGUAUUCCUGCGUCCUGGAGUCAUUGGUGCUGUGAACUGGGGUCCCUCCGCGGGGCUCCCAGAACUUUGUUCUCACAGGAGGCUCCCCGGGGGUGUGGGAGAUGAGGGACCGGUAUACUAAUCCUGUGCUGUUGCCACCCAAGUCCUAGCUCUAAGCAGGUGACACAGUGACUUGAUAGGGACCCACCAGAACUACAACACCAAAAAGUAAAAGUGUCUCCUCAGCCAGCAGCUGGUCCAGGCUCCUGGCAGGCUUACAGCUUGGCGCUACACGGCCUUGGACAUUUCUUCCAGAGUGGCCUGGACAUGUGAGCACACAGUGGCCUAGCUUGGGUAGAGUGAGUCCAGAUGCCCUGUCUCCCCUCACCCCCCGGCCACGUGUUCUAGUCUCAGCCACCAACACCCCUUGCACUCUCACCCACAUCCCCCAGGAGCACCUGACAGGCCGGAACUGAUUUCCUAUGACCAAAUUCUCCAGGAUGGGCGCUGCUCUGAGAGUGCCACCCAUAUCACCUCAGUGUGUCCCACUCAUUGAGUUAAGAGACAUCGCCCAAGGAACCCAGUAGCCACCUCUGAGACAGACUGUGCCCGACCUAAACAACUUUCUUAGACUGUCGCUCUGCGUUGAUACCUUACUGAUGACAGGUGGCUUCUCAUCCAAGCAGGGACCCAGUUGAGUAGGCCAAGCAGAGAGUCUGGGACGUGGCUGUCAGUGUCCCAGUGUCAGCAUGGUGAGAGCUGAGCCGGUCCGGGCCUGACCCACAUGGUGCCUGGGGCAACCCUAGGUCAAGAGUUUCCUAAACCUCUGAGGCAUCUAGUGGAGCCCUCUGAGUAAUGAGACGACUUCUUGGUGGCUAUAAAUAACGCCUCCCUGGAUCACAGAUCCAUGAUCUUGAACCCCAAAGAUGGUGCUGGUGCUUUGUCAGGUCCACGGGCUGCCAGCCUCACUCCUCUCCAUCUGCUCAGGCCCCACCCGCCCCUCUCUCUACAGUCCAGAGUACCAGGCUGGUGAGGGUGCUGGACCCAACGGCACGCGUUCCCUGGUCACCGUCACGCGGUCACCGUCACCAGGCCAACUGCACCCCACACCCCACGUUCCAUCCCUGCCAUGGUCUCUGUCCACAUGCACCACGGCCCACCAGGGGAGAGGCUGGGUUUUCGGGGCUACGAGUGGGAAGUCGCAAAUGAGUGGUCCCAAAUAGCUGGCAGGGAGCACGGUGUCUUCAUCGUGGUCUCGAAGAGCCGGAAAGUUUGUGUAGAAUGCUUCCAUCAAAGAAGGUAGGAUGACAUAGGGUUUCGGGUCCCCCUAAAGCCCCCAGGACCCAUCCCAGGGUCCUGGCUCAGAGUCCCUUACAGCACUGCCAAGUCCUGAGCAGUGUCCCUUUCCUGUCACCUCCGUCCAGACCGUCCCAGCACCAUCCCCUGAUGCGCACACCCCCCCACACACCGCAGAGAAACGCAGAAGCACAUCCAUGUUCUGAAGAGAAAGCCUAAUGGGCCAGUUUUCUUUUUAGAACUCUGCCGUUGCCGUAGGAGAAAAGCUGGCUGGAAGGAAGGCAGGUGCCUGAGGUGUGUGCAGCUGGAGAGCUUGGGGCUCAGUUAACCUGUAUUUUCCUCCCUUUAUUUGCUGGAAACAAACCAAGCCCCAGACACACGGUUUGGAAGAGGUUAGACGUCUCAGCUAUUGUGUUCAGUUCAUCCUGAGGAUUUCAUCUGGGGAUAAGUAGGGGAGGUGGGGGGGUCAGAGAAGUGGUGGGAAAGGCAGUCUCCUACACACAGCCCGGGUCUGUUAGUUCCCACCUUCCACAGUGAGCACAGGGAGCCGGCCGAGUCGUUCUGCUCCAUCUGUGAAGUCCCCAUCUGUGGGCAGCAACUGCACUGGCCCCGCGUCCAUGGCCAGCUCACCACGUGAAGAGGACUGUUUGUAGUUUUGCCUGUUUGCCAUCUCUGUGCCAGACCCAAGGAUGUAAACACAGAGCUACUGCCGCGCUACCACCAGUGGUCUUGUCCAAUGCCUUCGCAGGCUCCGUAGCAAUCACAGAAGCCUAGAGGGCCUGGGCCGGCUCCACCCGGCCCGGCCUCGCCCAAGACCUACCCUGUAGCAAUACCAAGUGCUAUUACAUAAUGGAUGGACAAUUUACAAUUUUAUUUUUUAUGAUUAUGUUUCUACAUUGCUGUUAGAUAAAGUGAAAUAAAAAUAUUUCAAAAGAAGA